CACUAUCAAUGAUCCGCUGGCUGUACGGGAUAUUGGUGUUUCUGGGUAUUGAUUGCUCUUGUGAUUUCUAUUCUCUAGUAGUGUCUAGGCAAAAACCUCACCUUCAGCGUCUGUCGUGGAAUGCUGAUAUCACCCCUAGCAGUAGCUGUGUUGAUACUAGGCUAAACCUAGAGACGAAGGCGAGAGUCUUGGAUUGAGAACUUUAUCGCAAUCAUUUCUACAAAGCCAAGCCUUCAUUUAGUUCCCAAUUGGGUUGCAUUUGAAAUGGAAAAGAAGAAGGACCUCCCUAUUCGCGAUGCAGCUGCGCCUGAACCGAAGCGUAGGCGAGUGCGUAAAGGAACCCGGAGUUGCUGGGAAUGUAGAAGGCGCAAGAUUCGCUGUAUAUUUCCUUCAGAAGACUCCUCAACAUGUGCCAAUUGCGAAACGCGCGGCACUAGUUGCGUGAGCCAGGAAUUUGCAGAUGAGCCAGCUUCAGCACCGAAUCAACGGGUAACGCAGCGCCUGGGGCGCGUUGAAGAAAUGUUGGAGCAGUUGAUUGAAAAGAUAAUGCCUGAUUCUUAUACCCCGGGUAGUCGAGGACGGUCGACGGAUUCUUCGCCCGCUUCGGCCGACGCUACUGAGCUCGAGCCGGUCGACAGUGGAUGUCCCUACUCAGGUGGCAACCCUCCCAUAUGUGACGUCCUUACGCCUCUUAGAGACACUAACAAUGGGACCUCCUGUUCUGGUAACCUCCCAACACCAGAAUCAAGUCAGUAUGGGGGGUCUGCUCUAGGGAAGAAAUACACAGAUCUCUCGAAAACAUUACACGACUUGUUGCCAUGCCAGCAAGAUCUCCAGGCUAUUGUCGAGGCAAGUCCAGGGGUGAAUUUUGUGAUUAGCUUCUUCUCCCGUUAUCGGGAUGUUGUUGCUGGACAGACAGAGAAACCCUCGAUCCUAUGCAAAAACCCGCCAUCAUCUUCACACCCGGUCGUACUAGCGAAGCGACUGAUGCAAAUUGCGACAUGUCUUCAGCAAAUCCAGCCGGCAACGCCUAUUAAACUUGUGGCGGCAGAGCCCAUCCAGAGUCUGAGUCGCAGAUAUGUCUCUGCUGUCUCCAGUCUAGUGGCCUACAACGAUGAACUUGUCGGGUAUGCGGAAGGGCUGGAGACUUUGGCUUUGCUCGCACUAUACCAUGCAAAUAUCGGCAAUCUACGCAAGUCAUGGCUCAUGCUCCGUCGCACAUUAUCCAUAGCUCAGCUCAUGGGCGUCGAUAGAUGGGGUGACAGACCACUACGGUCUGCAGAUCCAACAUCUAAUCCUGCGACCCGAAUCAAGGCAAGGGCAUUCUGGUUCCGACUUAACUUUACGGACCGGUAUUUGUCUCUGGUCUUAGGUCUCCCAGCUGGCACGGACGAUAAUUCUUUUUUGGCCGACGAUCCUGAUGAUGAGCCGACGGAUAGGUUAGAAAAACAGCACACCGUCGUCAUGGGUGCUAUUAUCAAGCGCAACACCAGCAGCAACAAAGGGGACACGUGUUUUACCACGACGCAAGAGAUCGAUUGUAAUCUCGAAGCAGCAGUACGCAGCGUCGCCCCUGACUUUUGGCAAUUCCCAUCCGGUAGCACUCUAGAGCAUCCAGACCUCGCAGUGCGAUUGAGCGCCACGACGCGACUGAUGCUGCAUAUGAACCACCACAACCUUCUCAUCCUCCUACAUCUCCCUUAUAUGCUGCGCGAUCCGAAAGAAAGGCGCUGGGACUAUAGUAAGGAGACUUGCAUAGGCUCAUCGCGCAAGUUGUUAAAAACGUUUCUGGUGUUUCGCAACAUGAAUAAAGCAUCGCACGCGUGUCGACACACAGAUUACGGAGCUCUCACAGCAUCUAUGACUUUACUUCUAGGGUAUUUGGAUCCAAAGAUGCAAGCCCGUGACCAGCAUACAACCUCAAGGCGUGAAGCGGACCGCAAAUUGAUUCAAGACGCGCGCAAUAGUCUCUUGCGUAUGGCUGACUUGAACGACGAUAAGCUUGCGCGAGACGCUGCCUCCAUAAUCGCCCGCCUCCUGCCCCUACUGAACCCAGACCUCAUGACAAGUGGCAGUCAAAACCAAGGAGGGAGUCACGAUAGUGUGGGCGAAGCCGCAGCAAUUCACCUCGAUAUCCCGUAUCUGGGAAUAAUCAACAUUAAUCCCGCGGCCCAUGCCAACAGUGGACAGCAUGAUAUACAACCACACAUUUAUGCGACGUCCACUAAUAGUCUCAACACCGAUACACCCGACACACCGGCUAGUACCACUACGGCUUCUACGAAGACACACCAACAGGACUAUGUAAAGUUUCCUGCACAUACCUCGCUGUCUCAUGUAUCCCAGCCAUCUUCAGCAGAAUGGAGUGUGCCAGCGAACCAACAGCACUUCACACUCCCUGGAGGAGAUCAGGAAGAGGUGUCCCACAUGUUAUCGUUCUCGAGGGAUUACAAUAAUACUCCAAACGAGUACGACUACAAUGGCCUCACGGCACCCAUGAUGCAAUUCGAAUGGUCACAGGCGCAGCUCGCCCACCCAGAGCUAACAGCUGAGGCAGACGAGUGGACGUUUCAGGGCUUCGACACUACAUAUUUUGAAAGUCUGUUUUCAUCCAAUGCACAGGGGCUAUGGGACAUCUCUAAGACAUGAGAAUUAAGGAUGUAGUGUUGGCGUCUGUAACGCGAUAUGUACGAGUAUGGUGUAUGAAAAGCUUAUGAUCGUGGUUUCAAGUGUAUGCUACUCUUUCACGUCUUGUACUUUAUUUUGAAAUGUUUUG